CAAAACCCCAUUUUCAAAACCCAAUCAGCCGCAACAGAAGCUCUGUUAACACAACCGAGAUUCAAUCUUCGUCUUCGGAAAAUGCAGAAGCUGAAAUUUCUGGUGCCACUGAGCCGUUGUUUACGCAGAAAUGGCGCUGUUUCCCGGCAAGGGAGGAGUUUUUCCGCGCUCCCUAAUUACACUCAGCACGAUUAUCUCCAACAAGACGAGGUAUUAGUGGAAGGAAGGGCGAAUUCAAGAGCUGCCAUUUUGAAUAGGCCGACUGUGCUCAAUGCCGUCACUGCUCAUAUGGCUGCUCGAUUAAAUAAGCUGUACGACUCUUGGGAGGAAAACUCGAGUAUAGGUUUUGUCCUGUUGAAGGCGAAUGGCGACAGAGCAUUCUGCUCUGGCACCGAUGUGGUUGAUUUGUAUCGGCUGCUUGAUGAAGGGAAAACUGAGGAAUGCAAAGAACUCUUUCGGAGUUUGUACAAGUUUGUCUAUGUAUUGGGAACAUAUCUGAAGCCACACGUGGCUAUAAUGGAUGGUGUUGUGAUGGGAGCCGGGGCAGGUAUUUCAUUUCCCGGGAUGUUCCGCGUUGUAACUGAUAGAACUGUCUUCUCAAGUCCGGAGGUUCAGUUAGGUUUUCACCCUGAUGCAGGAGCUUCAUAUUAUCUCUCUCGUCUCCCCGGCUAUCUAGGGGAAUAUUUAGCUCUUACCGGAGAAAAGCUAAAUGGUGCUGAAAUGAUGGCAUGUGGUCUUGCCACUCACUAUUCACUGAAGGAAAAACUUCCUUGGAUUGAAGAACGUCUUGGUAGUUUAAUAACCGAUGUCCCUUCAGUCAUUGAAUCAUCUCUUGCUCAAUACGGCACUUUAGUCCACCCAGACGAGAGGAGUGUUCUUCACAAGAUUGAAAUGAUAGACUCAUUAUUCUGCCACGAUACGGUGGAGGAAAUCGUUGAAGCUCUGGAAAACAAGGCAGCGGAAUCUGGUGAUAAAUGGUGUGCCAACUUGCUUCACAAAAUCAAAGAAGCUCCCCCGUUGAGCUCGAAAAUUGCUCUGCAAUCAAUUCGAGAAGGUAGAUUCGAAACUCUUGACCAGUGCCUCGCCAGGGAGUACCGCGCAUCCCUCACAUUCAUAUCCAAAGACUUUUCAAAUGAUUUCAUCGAGGGCGUGCGUGCAAGAUUGAUCGAGAAAGACUUCGCCCCGAAGUGGGGGCCGUCUAAGCUGGAGGAGGUCAGUGACGACAUGGUGGCCGCCUUCUUCUCGCCUCUCAGUGAAGUGGAACCGGAGCUGAACUUGCCCGUUGCAGUACGAGAGCCGGACGUGUGAGAACAAGAAGGUGAUUUUGCAGCUGAGAUUUAGAAGUUUUUGAAGCUCUGUUAGCUCUUAGGCAAUGUUGAUUUAUAUCCAUCUCUCCUUACAGCUUUCUGGGAUUUUCACAAGUGAUGUUGAUUAAUUAAAGCUUAUAUCUUUGUAGCCUUAAACCUAACUUUAGCUGUAAUGUUGCAGAUGUAAAAGCUUUUUGAGUUUCUUUUGCAUAAUAAUAGCUUUUACACAUUUUCUGUUUCUCAA